GAGUCCGGUGCGCCCGUGGCCUUCUACGCGCUCCGCACCGGCACCCCGCGGUCACCCCCGCCCGCCGCCCGAACGGCACCCAGGGCAAGGAGCCCCCCGCUGGUACGACGACGACUCCAGCUUCCCCUCGCAGGACGUGCUCGACCCGGUAGGCAUCCCGGCAUGCGUGGACCACCUGUACGCUCUGAUGGAGGACGGUGCCGCUCCGCCCGGCCUCUCCUCCGCGGCAGGGGCGCCGCGGCGCGGGUGGUGGGUGGAGAAGGACGACGACGACGCGGUGUACCUGACGGUGCCGAUGCUGGGGCUCGGGAAGGAGCGCGUGAAGGUGUGGGCGGAGCGGAACAUCCUGGUGAUCAAGGGCGAGGGCGAGAAGGCGCCCCGGAAAGGCGACUACGACCCCGCGAUGUCAAGGUACAGCCACCGCAUCGAGAUGCCCGCUGGCGCGUACAAGAUGGACAAGAUCAAGGCCGAGAUGAAGAACUUCGUGCUGAAGGUGACCUUGCCCAAGCUGAAGGAGGAGGAGCGCAAGGACGUGUUCCAGGUGAAGAUCGAGUAGGGAGACUCAGGCGAGGCGAGUAGUCGUAGUGGUAGUACUCAUGGAAGACGGAUCAGAGUCUAGUAGUGGUAGUGGUAGUGCUCAUGGAGGAUGGCCGGCGCGAGAGUGUGAGAGACGCCUUGUUGAUGUGGUCAUGUUUGGUGUCUUUCUGCCCUGUUUUGCUUUGUUGAUCGUCUUGGAUCGUGGUUUCUGAUCGACUGGUGGUGAAUUUGGUCGCGGAUUAUGUUGAUAUCCCAAGUUUGGCGUAUGAUGAACUACUUAAUGGUGAAGUUGGUCAUGAAAAUUUGUUGAUUUCCU